AUGUCAGGAUCUAAAAGACACACAAAGACUCAAUCUACUUAUGCCUUCGAAAGCAACACAAGUAAUGUCGCAGCUUCUCAAAUGAGAAAUGCUCUAAACAAAUUGGCUGAUUCUGUCAAAGAUGAACAAUUACGUUUCCAAUUCGAAAAUCAAUUAGAUUCAUUCUUCUCCCUAUUCAGAAGAUAUCUUGUUGAAAAAUCUUCUGGUUCCACUUUAGAAUGGGAAAAGAUUAAAUCUCCAAAUCCAAAUGAAGUCGUGGAUUAUAACGUUAUCAGUCAACAACCAGAAAACGUUACUAAUUUAUCUAAAUUGGCUGUCUUAAAAUUAAAUGGUGGUCUUGGGACAUCAAUGGGGUGCGUGGGUCCAAAAUCUGUCAUCGAAGUUAGAGAUGGUAACACUUUCUUAGACCUUUCUGUAAGACAAAUUGAACAUUUAAAUAGACAAUACGAUAGUGACGUCCCCCUAUUAUUAAUGAAUUCAUUUAAUACGGAUAAAGAUACUGAACAUUUAAUUAAAAAAUAUUCUGCUAAUAGAAUUAGAAUUAGAUCUUUUAAUCAAUCUAAAUUCCCAAGAGUAUAUAAGGAUUCCAUGUUACCAGUGCCAACUACUAUUAAUGACCCAUUAGAUGCUUGGUACCCACCUGGUCAUGGUGAUCUUUUCGAAUCAUUACAUGCUUCUGGUGAAUUAGAUGCUUUAAUUGCUCAAGGUAGAGAAAUCCUUUUCGUUUCAAAUGGUGAUAAUUUAGGUGCUACUGUGGAUUUGAAAAUAUUAAAUCAUAUGUUAGAAACUGGUGCUGAAUAUAUUAUGGAAUUGACCGAUAAGACAAGAGCAGAUGUGAAAGGUGGUACUUUAAUUAAUUAUGAUGGUCAAGUUAGAUUAUUAGAAGUUGCACAAGUUCCAAAGGAACAUAUUGAUGAAUUUAAAAAUAUUAGAAAAUUUAAAAAUUUUAAUACAAAUAAUUUAUGGAUUAAUUUAAAGGCAAUUAAAAGAUUAAUUGAAUCAAGUGCUUUACAAAUGGAAAUCAUUCCAAAUGGUAAGACAAUUGUAAGAAAUGGUCAUGAAAUUAAUGUAUUACAAUUAGAAACUGCUUGUGGUGCUGCAAUUAGACAUUUUGAAGGUGCUCAUGGUGUAGUGGUUCCAAGAUCAAGAUUCUUACCAGUGAAAACUUGUUCAGAUUUAUUAUUAGUAAAAUCUGAUUUAUUCUAUUUACAACAUGGUGCUUUGAAACUUGAUCCAACAAGAUUUGGCCCAAAUCCAUUAAUUAAAUUAGGUUCUCAUUUUAAAAAAGUUUCCAAUUUCAAUUCAAGAAUUUCUCAUAUUCCAAAAAUUGUUGAAUUAGAUCAUUUAACCAUUACAGGUAACGUUUUCUUAGGUAAAGAUGUCACUUUAAGAGGUACAGUUAUCAUUGUUUGUUCUGAUGGACAAAGAAUCGAUAUCCCAAAUGGUUCCAUAUUGGAAAAUGUUGUCAUCACAGGUAAUUUACAAAUAUUAGAACAUUGA